AUGACGUCGGAGGGGGGAGGGGGAAGGGGCGGGGGAAGCACACCUGUCGCCACUCCGCAGAGCAUCGUGUGGCAGCGCGCGGCGGCUUCCGCGGUGGCGGCGAUUCAGGCGGCUGCAGAGGAGAGGAAGGAAGGAGUAGAAGGAAGCGCAGGAGCAGGAGGAGAAGAAAGAGGAGGAGAAAGAGGAGGAGGAAGAGGAGGAGAAAGAGGAGGAGAAAGAGGAGGAGAAAGAGGAGGAGAAAAAGGAGGAGGAGAAGCGACAGGGGAAGAACAGCUUCUUGAAGGCGAGGAGUGUGGGAGUACGAGAGCUGAGCGAGAUUAUCGCAAAUGGGGCCGUCACGGCCGUGGCGAAGGCGAGGCGACGGAGGAAGUGGGUCGCAACAGGCAGCAGCCCGGGACCGAGGCCAGCCCUGGCGAAGGCGAAGACCGCGGGAGCUCGAGGGGGUUCGCUGCGGCGGCGAGGGGCGCACUGCUAGUGGAGUGCACGUCCGGGGGAGCGGGGAGGUGGCGGGGUGUGGAGGCAGCGGCGGAAUGGCGGGCUACGCAGCAGAGGGGGCAUGCGCAGGGAGCAGCAGCGGAACGUGCGCGGAACGCGGAUGGCAGCAGCGCGGAGGGUGCGGAAAGGGAGGGUGGCGGGGAGGGGAAGCCUCCCGCGCAUGGCGUGCGGAGCCGACUCUCCCCCUUGCGGCGCGCGGUGCGGAGCGAAACCUCCCCGUUAGCAGGCAGUCACGCGCUCCUGAGCGGAGACUCCCCUCCCGCGCGCAGUGCGCUCCUGAGUGGCGCUUCUCCGCCCGCGCGUGGCACAAAGGCGAGCGCGGCCUCCCCGCCUGCGCCCACCAGCGCGCUGCCGAGCGGAGUCUCCCCGCCUGCGCGCAGCGUGCUGCUCAGUGGGGUCUCUCCUUCUGCGCCAGUAGCAGAUAACGCGCUGAUGACUGGUGUAUCCCCGCCUGCGCCCACCAGCGCGCUGCUGAGCGGAGUCUCCCCGCCCGCGGGCAGCGCGCUGCUCACUGGGGCCUCCCCGCCGGCAGGAAACGUGGCGGCAAGGCGCGCAACUCCGCCGUCCCAUGCUGAUUUUCCGCCUGGAGUCUCCCCGCCCGCGACCAGCGCGCUGCUGACUGACGACUCCCCGCCCGCUGCACACAGCGCGCUACUAAGCGGAGUCUCCCCGCCUGCGGGGAGUGCGGUGCUGAGUGGGUUCUCACCUUCUGCGCCCGCUCGUGCCUCUUCGCUCUCACCACACAGCGCUCUGCUGACCGGACUUUCCCCGCCCGCGACCAGCACGCUUGAAAACGACGGCUCACCUGCCGUAGUUCCCCCGUAUCGUACCAUAGUUGGCACGAGUGGCAGAGCUGGCACGGACGGAAACGCUGGCGUGGAUGGCGGUGUUAGCGUGGUCAGCAUUGCACCUGCUGCCAUACCUGCGCCCCCUCGUUACUCCCCUUCCCGCCUGCCUCCCAACCAAUCCCCGCCAAGCCGGUCAGCAGCAGCAGCAGCAGCAGCAGCCCCUUGGCAUCCUGCCGUCAUGCCUCCUCCCCUGCCUGCUGCUACCGCCACGCCCCCGCCCUCCCACCCCUACCAACCCUCAGAUCCCUCCCAGCGUUCCCACCCCUCCCAGCCCUCACAAUUUUCCCACCCCUCCCUCCCUUCACACCCCUCACUCGCCUCACAGCUCUUGCCUGCUGCAGCAGACCCUCCUGCUCUUCUAGCCAGCACUGGUACAGAAUUCAAUGCGCCAAACGCUGCUCUCAUCCCUGCUCCUGCUCCUCCUGACGCUGCUGCUGUUGACGCCACUCCUGCUUCGGCCACUGCCCAACAGCCACAGGCACAGCAACAGCAGCAGCAGCAGCAGCAGCAGCAGCAGCAGCCAAAGACACAGUCAGCAGACGUGCCUGCGCUACAGCAAAGGCCAGCACCUAACGACCCGCACGCCCUGCCCACCACCCCCAGCGUCCCCUCUCUCAUUCCACGUGACGCUGACGGCCCAAUCAUCAGCCCACGUGUCCCUGACGCUCCCUCUAUCAGUCCACGUGUCCGUGAUGCCCCAUCCAUCAGUCCACGUGUCUCUGACACCCCCUCCAUCAGUCCACGUGUCCCCCAGAUAUUGCAGGAUCUGCUGCUGUUCCCGGGCUCCUCUGCCGGCCAGGCUGUAGCGGCGGCUGUAGCCGCGGCUCUGGACAGGUGCUGUGGGGGAAGGGCAGGUGGGGGGACGGCGGGUGGCGAGAGAACUGGUGGGGGGAGGACUGGUGGGGGGAGGACUGGUGGGGGAUGGGUGAAUGUGGGUAGGGCUGGUGGGGGAAGAACGGAUUGGGAGAGUGCGGGUGGGGGGAGGGCGGUUGAGGGGGAAGAGGGUGGUGGGGGAGUGGGUGAGGGGAGAGCGGGCAGGGGAAGAACAGAAGGGGGGAGGGCGGGCGCAGAGGAAAUGAGUGGUGGGAAAGCAGGUAAGUGGGGAGCGGGUGAAAGGGAAACAGGGGGUGGGGUAGUGGGUGAAGGGAGAGCGGGUGGGGAGGGAACGGAAAGAGGGGAGAGCGAGAGGGAGGAAGUCAGGUUAAGAAGGCAGGGUGGGGAAGGGUUGGAGGAAGGGGAGGGUGGAGAGGAGGGAGGAGGAGGAAAGAGGAGGCGUGUAGAGAGAGGGAUUGAAGGAGUGGGAGGAGGGCCAACAGAGGUGAGAGUGAGUGAGGGUGGUGGUGGUGGAGGGGGAGAGGGAGGAGGAUGGGGAGCAAGAGGGGGAGAAGUGAGUGGGAGGGGCAAAGGAGUGUGGGUGAGAGGGGGGGAAUGGCACCAGGGAGGGGCUGUACCCAGGACAGGGGGGGCUGGAGGGGAGGGAGGGGAAGAGGGAGAGGGAAGUUCAGGAGAAGAAGAGGAAGGAGGAGGAGGAGGAGGAGGAGGAGGAGGAGGAGGAGGAGGAGGAGGAGGAGGAGGAGGAGGAGGAGGAGGAGCAGAGGGAGGGGAACGCGAGGAAGGAGAAGGAGUAGAGGGUGGAUCAGGGGAGGGUAGGGAGCAAGAGGAGGAGGAGAAUGCUAUGGAGGACUAUCAAGACCUGUUAGACCGUGGGUGGCGGCGAUCCGGCUGUUUCCUCUACAAGCCGGACAUGCCCCGCACCUGCUGCCCGGCGUACACGAUCCGCCUCGUGGCGGGGCGGUUUCAGCCCAACAAGGAGCAGCGCAAGGUGCUGAGGCGCAUGGAGAGGUUCCUCAGUGGAGAAAUCGACCUUCCGCCCGCCAGACCCAGAGAUUCCUCCGCUAGCCUUCCCGGGCGUGCUUCAAACUCGGGCGCAGGUUCAGGUUCAAAUUCAGGUUCAAAGCUGCAGCAAUCAGACCCUGCGAAGCGGCAAGCCCUAGUGGAGGCGCGGAUAGAAGGGGCUUUAAGUGAGGGUUUGGAGCAAGGACCUUUGGCAGCAGUGCAGGCGUGUGUUGAAGGGGCUUUAAGCGGGGUGUUACAGCAGUGGAGGGAGCAGGGGUCACUGCCUGCCAGCUUGCUGCUACCUGCUGUGACCCUCCGAUCUGUUCCUGUGAGCGUGAGGGCGCGAGUCGGGGAGGGGAAGGGACGGGAGCGAGGGGAAGGAGAGAAAAAGAAGGGAGGGAAGAGUGACAAGGGGAAGGGAGGGGAGGAAGGGGCAGGAGGGGCAGGGGAAAGCCAGCAGAAAGGCGUGUCUGCCCCUUUGCCAGUGCUGACGUCAAACAUUGCGUUUCUGAUCUGCUCCGGGUUAAAGAAACUGCAGCAGCAGCAGCAGCAGCAGCCAGGGGUGACAGCCACACAGCAAUCAGCAAGCGGAGAAGGAGUGGGCACAAGUGCUUUCCCUUUAAGCUCUAGUGCACAAGAUUUUGCAGCAAAGCUGGUAGCAGAAGCGGAUGGGGCGUUGCAGAGCGGGGGGCUGCCAGAAGGGAUGUGUGUGAGGGCGGUGCAUGGGCAUGUGAAUGUGCUGGCGCCCGCUGCUCUGCUUCAUGGUGGCAUGAUGACAGGCACGAAUCAUCAGCAACGGCAGCAGCAGCAGGAAGAGCAGAAGCAGCAGCAAAAACAGCAGCAGCAGCAGCAGCAACGGGACGAGCAGCAGCACCAGCAGCGGCAGCAGCAGGGGAAACAGCACACCCCACGCCGCCUAGAGAUAACAACCCACCCAUCGGCGUUCACACAGGAGGAGUACGACCUGUACCGCAAGUACCAGAUCCACGUGCACGAUGAUAAGCCCUCCUCCGUCACCCGACGCGGCUACGAGAAUUUCCUCGUCAACACGCCCCUCAUACACGUGCCCCCCCCACCUGCUCCUCCCACCUCCGCUUCCUCCCACUCCCCUCCGCUCCAUCCACACUCAGUCCCGCCCCUAGAAGCACCUGAGCAUGCCUCAGCGCAGCUCCCCUCCUGUGGGUACGGGUCUUUCCACCAGCAGUAUCGGAUUGACGGGCGCUUAGUGGCUGUGGGGGUGGUGGACGUGCUUCCGCGCUGCCUCUCAUCUAAGUAUCUCUUUUGGGACCCGGACUUUGCGUUUCUGUCUCUGGGGAAGUUUUCCGCGCUUAAGGAGAUCGAGUGGGUGCAGCGCGAGCAGCAGCGGCGCCCUGAUCUGUUACUGGAUUCGUACUAUAUGGGGUAUUACAUCCACUCGUGCCCCAAGAUGACUUACAAGGCUGCGUAUGCACCGUCGGAUCUUCUCUGCCCUCAGCGCUACAUGUGA